AUGACUAGAAUGAUACCGGGAAACGUACACCACAAGUUAUUUUUUGAUAAUUACUAUACAUCGUUACCAGUUAUGAUAUUUCUUGAAAAAAAAGGCAUUCACACAGUUGGAACGUUUAGACGUAAUCGUUUUCCAAACGUCUGUUUGACAGAUGAUCGUAUAAUGAUGAAACGAGAUCGUGGAUAUUCAGAAGAGUGUUUCACAGUUGUAGAAGAUGUCCCUAUUUCAGCUGUUGCGUGGAAAGACAACAAGAUAGUACACGUAACCUCAACUUUCGUAGGCGAACUCGAUAAAAAUGUAGUGAGUAGAUUUGACAAAAAAAAAAAGACCACAAUUAUUAUACCUAGGCCGAAAAUCAUUGAAGUUUACAACAAACAUAUGGGUGGGGUUGACCUCAUGGAUUCUAUGAUUGGGCGCUAUAGAAUAAUAAUGAGGUCUAAAAAAUGGUAUAUGAAGAUUUUUUACCAUAUGGUUGAUAUGACGAUUGUAAAUGCGUGGUUGUUAUACAAAAAAGUUACAAAUAAACCAAUGAAACUAGCUCAAUUUCGAGAGCAGUUAGCUGUAGAACUUUGUCAGACAUCAAUGGAAAUUAAAAAAAAAGGCAGAAAAACAAAGGAAUCGAUAGAAAAACAAAUGCUAGAAGAGAGUGAAAAAAGAAAAAAAAGGACACCAACAGCAACAAUGCCAUCAACUCAAAUACGUUUGGAUGGACAUGUACACAGGAUUCAAUUUGAAAAAUUUCGACGCGUAUGUAAACUACCAAAAUGUAAAUAUCAGUCAUUUGCUAAGUGCACUAAAUGCGAUGUUUUUUUAUGUUGUAACACAGAAAGAAAUUGCUUUGAUCUAUUUCAUUAUACCUAA